AACGUCAUUCUUCGAAAUCGUCUUCUUCGCCGACCGUGAGAUUCUGUAAACAAAACGUAAUUUAAAACUAAGUUUUUACCUGUUUUUCACGCAAAUUUUAUAACAUACCAAUAAAAACGGUACAAGGUGUACGCCGUAAGAUGCCGGUGGAUAUAAACCGGCUAACGGACGGUUGGCUCGAAUUGGAAUCCGACCCGGGUUUGUUCACUUUGCUGCUGGAGGAUUUUGGCGUCAAAGGUGUUCAAGUGGAGGAAAUCUACGAUCUGCAGAAAAAUAUCGAAGGCCCUGUUUAUGGGUUUAUUUUCCUAUUCCGUUGGAUUGAGGAGCGCCGUGCUCGCCGGAAGAUCGUGGAGACAACGGAAAUCUACGUGAAGGAUGAGGAAGCGGUGAAUAACAUUUUCUUCGCCCAGCAGGUGGUUCCGAACAGUUGUGCAACCCAUGCACUGCUGUCGGUACUGCUGAACUGUUCCGACAUCGAUCUGGGUAACACCCUCAGCCGGCUGAAGGUGCACACGAAGGGUAUGUGCCCGGAGAACAAGGGCUGGGCCAUCGGGAACACCCCGGAACUGGCCUGUGCGCACAAUUCGCACGCAAUGCCGCAGGCCCGACGGCGGAUGGACCGCAACUCCGGAGUUAGCACUGGCAGAUUUACCGGCGAAGCAUUCCACUUCGUCAGCUUCGUGCCGAUCAAUGGUCACCUGUUCGAGUUGGACGGGCUGAAGCCGUUCCCGAUGGACCACGGACCAUGGGCCGAAAAGGAAGCGUGGACCGAUAAGUUUCGUCGCGUGAUGUCCGAUCGAUUAGGUAUUUCCACGGGCGAGCAGGACAUCCGGUUCAAUCUGAUGGCCGUUGUUCCGGAUAGGAGAAUAGCCAUUACUCACAAGCUGAAGAUGCUUCGAACCAAUCAGACGAUUGUAUCGGCUGCGUUGGAAAAGCUGCUGAAGAGCAAGCGAACCGAAAACAGAUCUCUGGAAACGGAUAAAAUCAAGAAAGAGGAAGAAUCUCCAGUGAAGUUGAGCUCGGAAUAUUCUCAACUGCUCGAUAUGAGUGAAAAAGACGACUCUUCGGUUCCCAUGUCGAAGGAGCUGGAAUCGUUAGUGUCUCUGAACAGUUCCUCGGAUUCCGUGGAGAUCAUUGGCGAAACAGAAAUAAAGAAGGAAAAUCCUCCACCUUCGCCACCACCUUCCUUUAUCGGUGCCGGAACAUUCUCACCGAAGGAUCUCCUCUCGCUCCUGAAGAAUCUGGAAUCGGAGAUCAACAUAACCGAGCAGCACCUAUGCGACGAGAACGAGAAGCGGGCCAUGUUCAAGGUGGACGAUUGCCGGCGGACGCAUAACUAUGACGAAUUCAUCUGCACCUUUCUCUCGAUGCUGGCCCAUCAGGGGGAACUGGGAGAUCUCGUUUCGCAGCAUUUGAUCACCAGUCGGAAACCGAACAUGAGUAGCGUACAGAACAGUGGUUCCCGCGGGGUGGUCCGUAACUACAACAAGAAGACUACCACCAACGGAUCGUCACCGAAGACGCCCAGUUCGAAGCGACGUCGCGGCCGCACCAAGUACCGAAAAAGGAAAUAGGUUGCAAACGCUGGUGUUCGGUGGGCGUUCACGAUUAUGAUGAGACUGGAAGGCUGCUGUCUCUUCGCAGUGUGAGAGGAGAGAGGGUCAGGCAUUUUUUUUUAUCAUAGCAGGUAUUUCUUUUUUAUUACUAUUAGCGACGAUCAAAUGAUUACUACCUUUAAAACAAUAAAACAUCUUAUGGCUUAGGUUCAGCUUAAAACA